AUGUUCGAAGUCGGUUUGCAACGGUGGAGAGCAGUUCGUCGACCGCUAGGCGUGUUCGUGACGUCUGCGUUUCUCCUCUUGUUACUGUCGCUCGCCUGGUUACCAGCAUCGCGAUCCCAGGAUGCGCAGAUAGGCGGUGCAGGAGGCGGGGAUGGCGCAGGAAGCGGGGGCGACGCAGGAGACGGCGCAGCGUCAGGACUGGCGGACUUCAUUGGGGGUUAUGCCGGGGAUGCGGGGAAUGGGUUAAGCAACGCUGGUGAGAGUGGCAGUGGCGGCAGCGGCACCGGCGACAGCGGCGACAGUGGCAGCGGUAACGGCGAAAGCGGCAGGGCGAGCAACGGGAAGUUCAAGGGAGUGUUUGAGCUGCCGGAUCCGCCGUCCAGAUUCAACGCCAGGGCUGCGUGGCAUCACAUGCGCUACCGCACACCUGACUCGUGCUGGAGCCAGCAGGAGCGGCAUCUGUACCACACGGCGGACCAGUCACACCCGUCACAGGCGUUUGUGGAUGCCGUGGUGGCGUUUGAGGCGAUGCAGAGGGAGUGCGUGAGCCAAGGCAGGGUGGAGGACUGGCAGUGGGUGCGCAACAGGAAAGACUGGGACCAAGGGGUGCCACGGUACGGGCCGGACAGGAAGCCGUGCCGCUACAUUAUGAUUCACGACCUGAGCCGAGGAGUGGGCAAUCGAAUCGUAUCGUACGUGACCUCCUUUGUGCUCGGCCUGCUCACCAACCGUGUCAUCAUUGCGCCGCCCAACGGAUUCCUCACCCGCCGCUUCUGCAACCCCUUUGCCCGCGCCAACACCUCCUGGACCGUCCAACCGGCUGUAUACGAUGUGCUGCUGGCGGCCGCGGUGCCUAAUCCACGGCUGCAUCUGUCAGACAUGGCGGAGCGGCUGAAGAAAGCAUCGAUGUGGAAGCGCGUGCCGGCGGCAACGCGGCAUCUGGAGGGAGAAGUGGCGCAGAACGGCUCUGUGUGGAUCGACCUUCACUACAGGGUUCUCAACCAGUUCUGUGACGUCGUCUGGACGACAGCUGACCUCGCCCCCUUCUGGUUCACCAGCUUUGACACCUACUGCCUCCCCAGCCUCUACUACAUUAAGAGCUAUGCUGACCGCCUGCACGAGCUGUUCCCCGACCGCCGUGUGUUCACACACGUGGCUCGCUUCCUCAUGCACCCUGACAACCGCCUGUGGGCCAAAAUCACCCACACGUUCCUCGCUAACCUCGGCCACUACCCCCACCGCCUGGGGGUGCAGAUCCGCUCCCCAGAUGGCAUCGAUCUGCCAGUGGCCAAUCGCAUUCUGCGGUGCGCAGUGCGUGCACAGUACCUGCCGUCCACCCAACCGUACCCCGAGGAUCCGUCCAUGGCCACGCCGGCCCAACGCUAUCCGGGCGGUGGGGCGGGCGACGGUGGCGGGGAUGUGGAGACGUACCGGUCGUUCCGCACGAUGGGGGUGUUUGUGUCGUCUCUGAACAUUCGGCACAUGCUGGAUUUGGAAACGCACUAUGCGCAGCACCUCACCAUUGGCAACACCUUCGUCAGCUUCUGGUCGCUGACCAACGAGGGGAGGGAGACGAGGCAGGAGCAGCAGCUGAUCGAUGCGGUGAUGGACAUGUGGAUUCUCAGCUUCAGUGACCGGCUGCUGAUAACACACAUCUCAUCGUUCGGCCGCACAGCAGUGGGCCUGGCGGGCACGGAGGCGUAUUCAAUGGCCAUCACAGUCAUCAAGAUGCGCGGGAUAGACUGGCGCAACUCCACGGGGCCCGUGUGCGAGAGAGUCUCCUCUGAGCCCUGUGACACCCUGGGGGCGCCAGUGAAAUAU